AUGUUUUAUAAUUAAAGUAAACUGGUUUUGUAUUGCGGAAUGGUUUCUUAAAUUGUUCAAAAUUACAUGGAAGUGUGGAGAUUGAUGUUAACACUAGGGGAAUGUUUUAUGUUGCUGACCUUUUUGUACUAUAUCAAUCGAAAAACAAAGAAUGGCAAAUCAGACUAAUGUGUGUAAUAGGAGAUGACUCUGAGUGCCAAAUUACAAAUUCUUAAAUUAAUGUAUGAGUGAUCAGUAAACGAGGCCCUGGAUGACAGAUUAAAAAUUCAUAGUACUGAACGAUCAUUUUAAAUGUGUCCACAAUCAGUCGGAUCUCCAUAUGUUAAUGGAAUGCGAUAAGGAAGAAGCCAUAGAAGCAUUCUUAGAUAUACGAUGCGAUGCUUUUUCUUUAAAUCUAAUUAAAUUAUUAUCAGAAAAUAAUACAACCCCAAUUUCAUCCCCAUUAUAAUUACCCUUGAUUAAAACUGACAUCAGAACCAUUCUAUCAUCCAUACUUUCCGAUAUCAACUCAUAUUACUCUUAUUUCAGCGUUUCUGAAUUGGAUAAUAAAAAUCUAGGCAAUGUAAAGUUGAACUUUUUUGUGCUGUGUGACAACUUUAUUGAUUACUUGAUAGUUCAAUUUGAACCUCAAAUGAAAUCAAUAGCAUGUUUAUUUAUUCUGUCCCCGAGAAUCUUAAGCAAAACUAUACCAAUAUUCACUAUAAUAACUCAAACCAUUCGAAACAAACUUAUGAAUCUUUGUCAAGUGAAAUCUUGGGAAACAUAUUUCAAUCUAUCUCUCACGAGUUUGGAACCUUUCUCAAUUGUAUUUUAACUGACUCCUCAGAAGCGAUGGAUAGUGAAUUAAUUAAUGAAUAAGUCAAAGCUACCUACAUAGAACCAACUUACAUCAACUCUAAAUUGUUGUCUUAUGUACUCUAAAAUGUCAGAGAUUUCAACACCAUUCUAUUAAAACAAUUUGCUUUACGACUCUAAGAAUUCAGUCCUUAUGAAAUUAUCCAAGAAAUUCUAUACCUACUGAAUCAAUAAAAAACACAAAGGAAUAAUCAAAUUAUUGUGAAUUGCCCUUUGCAUCUUCUUGUGUAUAAUGAUUAAGAUAGAUUCAAACAAGUACUCUAUUAAUUGAUGAGCAAUUCAGUACGAUUUACAGAAAAUGGUAUAAUUACAGUGUCAAUCGAUUUUUAUAAGGAUAAAAUUAAAGUGAGAGUAUCGGAUAAUGGAAUUGGCAUGAAUCACUUUGAAUAAUAGAAGCUACACAAGUUACUGAGGGACAACAAAAACUUAUUGAGGAUCUCCCGCAAUUCAGUUGGCUGCGGAUUAGGUUUGAGCAUAUCCAAUGCCAUCGUCCUGAAAAUGAAUGGAAAACAUGGAAUCCAAUUCACUAGUGAAUAAUAAAAGGGAAGCGAAUUCUUCUUUACAAUAUCCAAUUCACAAUAACUUUACAAUGACAGUGUGUAUGUGGCCAGUCAAACCUAUGUGAAGGUCUUAAAUUAAACUUAUUACUUAGAACAAUAGCCAAUAUCUGAAGGCUCCCACAAGGAAUAAUAGUUUCAAAGCAGUGAAUACAAGGAUGAAAAUGGAGAUACACAGAGAGUAAAAAGCUUAUUCUCGAAGAAAGUGAGAUGUAUUUAAUCAGCCGACUCCAAAUCAUUUUAUGGAUAGACUCAAAAAAAAUUACAAUUAGAAGAAGAUGAAAUUGAAUCAAGAUAAGAAGAGUCCAAAAUUAUGAUCCCUUCCUUGUAGGCUAGUUUCAAAUCCGAGAUAGUUAAAUUUAGUAUUGGGAGUAACUGUUGCAGUAGGGUUCUAAUUGUAGAUGAUGAAUAUUUUAAUAUUCAAAGUCUACAAUUGAUUCUACACAGAUUCAAUGCCCAUUGUGAUUUCACCUUCAAUGGACAAGAAGCCAUUAAAAAGAGUCUCUAAAAAAUGAAAGAACCUUGUAGAUAGUGUUAAAAUAAUGGUUAUGUUUUAUUCUUUCUUGAUCUCAAUAUGCCUAUAAUGGAUGGUUUUGAUACAGUGAAAAAUUUGAAGAAAAUGAUGCAUGAUAAUCUAAUUCCAAAAGGAAUCUGCAUAGCUAAUACUGGUUACGCAGAUUUGGAGAGCAAAUAGCAAGCAAUAAACUCUGGAAUGGACUUUUACAUGAUCAAACCUAUACAAAUUAAAGAGUUGUAGACCUACUUAAAGAGAAAAUUUCCUUAAUGA